AUUCAACGGUUAUUGGCACCGGCCGGCAUCGUGAUUCAAACGUCCCGGUUAAUUGUCGAACCGUGUCAUCGGUACCCAGCCAAUGUGAGAAAGUUGUCGAGAAGAAAUCCCCGCCGUGUGUGUGUCAGAGUACGAUCGCCUCGCCCCCUUCGUUUAACACGCGCCGUUUUCCACUCUCCCUUUCGUUUUUUUUUUAUUGGUACGUCCGGAUACACACACGCGCGCGCACACACGCACGCAUUCUUUCAUCGCGAGCCGGUCAAGAUGGCGGCGGUACUGCCGAGACGGAGUAGCCGCUCGGCUUGAUCGAUCUUUUUCUCUAAACCACCAAGACGGAUCGCGUUGAAAUCGACCAAGUCGUACGCCAAAAAACGGAGUUAGUUUAGACAUCAUCCGCGAGAUCGUAAAGCUUUGAACGGCUUUUUUGACGUAAAAUGCCCUGCCUCUAGUUUAUGUGUCUCGUCCAGUAGCUUGUAUUGGGAAGAAUGGGGGAGAAGCUGGAGUUAAAGCUGAAGUCACCGGUCGGAGCCGAAGCUGCAGGCUACCCGUGGCCCUUACCUGUAUAUGAUAAACACCAUGAUGCUGCACAUGAAAUCAUCGAAACUAUCCGUUGGGUGUGUGAGGAGAUCCCAGAUCUUAAGCUGGCCAUGGAGAACUAUGUUCUUAUUGACUAUGACACCAAGAGCUUUGAGAGUAUGCAGAGACUGUGUGACAAAUACAACAGAGCCAUUGACAGCAUUCACCAGCUGUGGAAAGGAACCACCCAACCCAUGAAACUCAACAAGCGGCCUUCAAAUGGCCUGCUGCGUCACAUCUUGCAGCAGGUCUACAAUCACUCUGUCACUGACCCGGAGAAACUCAACAACUAUGAACCCUUCUCUCCUGAAGUUUACGGGGAGACCUCCUUUGACCUGGUGGCCCAGAUCAUCGAUGAGAUGGAGAUGAUGGAAGAAGACACCUUUGUGGAUUUGGGAAGCGGAGUUGGUCAAGUAGUUCUGCAGGUCGCUGCCGCCACCAAUUGUAAACACUACUUCGGCGUGGAGAAAGCGGACACUCCAGCAACCUAUGCAGAGUCGAUGGAUAAAGAGUUUAAGCGGUGGAUGAAGUGGUAUGGGAAAAAACACGGCGAGUACACGCUGGAAAGAGGGGAUUUCCUUUCAGAAGAGUGGAAAGAACGUAUAGCCACCACAAGUGUUAUUUUUGUGAAUAACUUUGCCUUUGGUCCUGAGGUGGACCACCAGCUGAAGGAACGAUUUGCCAACAUGAAGGAAGGUGGAAAAAUUGUAUCUUCGAAACCCUUUGCACCUCUUAACUUCAGAAUAAACAGCCGAAACUUGAGUGAUAUUGGCACAAUAAUGCGAGUUGUUGAGCUGUCGCCAUUGAGGGGCUCGGUAUCAUGGACGGGGAAGCCAGUGUCAUACUAUCUGCAUACAAUAGACCGCACCAUACUUGAAAACUAUUUUUCUAGUCUCAAAAAUCCUAAACUCAGGGAGGAGCAGGAGGUCACCAGGAGGAGCAGACAGAAGGACAGUAAAGAGAACAAGAGUAACACCCCCACACCGACCAAACCCAAGGAGCACAAGACACAGCACGAAUCAGGUGGUGAGGAGGAGCGUUCCAACUCGCUCGUGCCCGCGAAGGCGUCGCCCAAACCCAGGCGUGCCAAACUGCUGUCCAGAGGCCGUAAGCUGAGCAAUAGGAAGCGUGGAAGACCCAAGAAAGCUGCCACUACGACCGCAGCAGAGCGCAAGAAUAAAAAGAGCCAGAGCGCCCUAGAUCUGCUGCAUGCCAAGACUCUUUCAGCCGCCCCCUCUCAGGAUGCAUACAGGUCACCUCACAGCCCAUUUUAUCAGCUACCUCCUAAAGUUCAGCAUUAUACAUCGAGCCAGCUUGUCCUAGGCCCUACUCCACCAGGUCUUCAGGCUCUUCUUGAUAACAUCAAAGUCCAGUAUCUGCAGUUCAUGGCCUACAUGAAGACUCCACAAUACCGCACCAACCUGCAGCAAGCUCUUGAGCAGGAAAGGCUGAGACACACGGAGCUGACAGGUCAAGCCCAGCAACUGCUCAACGCUUGUCAUUCUCAUAAAGAGCGAAUCACAGAUCUUUUCCAAGCCAAACUAGAGGAGCUGGGCGUAAGGGCGGUAACUGUGGAGGACCUGGUGCAAGCUCAGAAAGAGAUCACGGCCCACAACAUGCAGUUGAGGGAACAAACCAAACAGCUGGAGAGAGACAUGGUUGAGCUUCGUGACCAGAAUUUGGUGCUUCUAAGGGCUCGGUGUGAGGAGCUAAAGCUGGAUUGGAGUUCCCUGUGUUUGGAGACUCUGUUGAAAGAGAAAGCAGCUCUGCGAAGACAAAUCUCAGAGAAACAGCGCCACUGUCUGGAGCUCCAGAUCAGCAUUGUUGAACUUGAGAAGAGUCAGAGGCAACAAGAACUUAUGCAGCUCAAGUCAUCCUACAGCCCAUGUGAGGUGUCGCCAUACAGAAAAUUUGUUCCCGGCCCGGAGCACCGCCCCACACUGGAUCCCGACACCACCAAACUCACUCCGCAAGCCUCUGCAGGUGUCAACGGCCUCAGCCCGGAGCUCUCCAUUAACGGCACCGCCUCGCCCGGCUACGACAGGGGCAGCAGCGCUGGAAAAAACGAACUCCUCACCCGUUACCUCCCCAUUUCUCCCGACCAUGAGAUGGUGCCACCCACCCCCGACCCGAGAACCAGGCAGCUGGGGCAACAACUGCCCGACUACACCCGCUUUUCGCCAGCUAAGAUUGCUCUCCGCAGACACCUCAACCAAGAUUCGACUGCCGGUCAAUUUAGAGCGCUUGGAAACAUCCACAGGGGUGACAUUGGUGUGGUUUCAUCUCCAACUCUGGGAUUUAAACAGGCUUGCUCUUCACCAAGUUCUUCUGAUAUUCAAGGGAACACCACACCCAAGAGCACAGAUAGGGCCGAUAAGGAAAAGAGGCCUGCUGCCCCAGGUGACUCCAUCACUAGUCUACCAAUCAGCAUCCCACUCAGCACUGUGCAUCCCAACAAACUCCCUGUCAGCAUCCCGCUGGCCAGCGUGGUGCUACCCAACCGUGCAGAAAGACUGCGGAACACUCCAAGUCCAGUGUCCAAUCGUGAACCGGCAGGACAAAGCAAUGGCAAGCCACCCCUUACGCCUACCUCAGGGUACUCCUCCAGCUCAGGGUUGGUGAAUGGCUCUCACUCAGCCAUGUUGACGGAGGAUCAAGACUGCGAAGCUCCGUCCCCUCCAUCCCACAGCACGCCCGUCAUGGGCCUCCCACCUCGCAACUCUGGCCUCAGUCCUCCUUUGGGCACCGGCGGGGUGCUGCAAUACGCCGACGGCCCACCGAGACUUCCCCCCGAGGACGGCCACGACCGCCAGGGCCCUGAAUCUGACACGGAACCUCUGGACAGCGAAGCUCGUCGCCGUAUCUUUUUUUCCUCUUCCUCGUCCUCCUCUUCCUCGUCAUCUUCCACAGGAGGCUCUAGGCUGCAUCACGGCUCAGUUAAGCAGGGACACCAUCAUCACAGUAAGCAUCAUCAUCAUCACCACCACCAUCAUCACUCUCCAAGCACCCACGGGCAAGAGGGCCGCAAACGAGGCCGGCGCAAGCGAAGUUCUUCAACCGCAGUUCCUGCCAACGGAUCGCCCAAAAGGAGGUCCUUUCCUGGUAUAGGUUCCUCGAGUCAUCCAUCUGGAUCUCCACUUAAUAUCAAUUCUAUGGUGAACAACAUUAACCAGCCUUUGGAGAUCUCGGCCAUCUCCUCCCCAGAGCAAUCAGGUCGCAGUCCAUGCGGCCCAGAUCUGGAUCAGCCACCUGUGCUCAAGCGAGAGCGCCCUUUAGAGCUCAACAACACGGGCCGCUAUUCCUCCACACCCAGCUCAGAUGAAGAGGGUGAAAACUUUGCCCCAGAUAGCUCCAAUUCUUCCCGAAUUGAAAGGAAAAUUGCCACAAUUUCUUUAGACAGAGAUGGACCAAUCAGAGAUCUGGAAAGGGGCUCACAGGGACGUAAAUCUGGUCCCAGCAGUGUAAACAGCGAGGUUUCUUCGUCCUCAGGUGGCAGUAAGUGGAAAUCCACCUUCUCCCCCAUCUCUGACCCCAAGCCCACGCCUUCGGACCGCCAGGGUGGCUCUCCCUUCGGUGUGGGGGCAUCCCGUGGCGCCGGAGGUGGCACGGACUCCGACUCAGACCAGAAACCACAGAGGAGAGGGGAACGCGAGCCUUACGGAAACUCUAACCUGUUCCUCAGUCAGGACGGCGGCGGUGGUCGCUCGGUGGUCAACGUCUCUGAGCGUCCUCCGCAAAAACAGAAAUCAAGGGAUUGGGACCUCAAAACUGUGAGCGGAUUGGCUAGCCAGAACCUCUUUAUAUCUGCUGCAGCCAGCGGAGGGAUCUUAAGUGGGAAAGUGGGCGGAGCCACUACGGUUUCCUCCGCUCCCUCAGUGGGGCAGUACUUCCCCUUGGGCGGGGCUUCGGUCCUGCAAUCCUUAUUUGGAGCUCAGACGCCCGGAGCCACCAGUGGAGCCCCGCGAUUGGUCAACGGACAUUCGGCGCUGGGCAGUUUCUCCAGCGCUGGGCUGGCAGGGGGCGCUGCGGGAGGGAUUUUUCACCACUUGGUGCCUUCAGUCUCCUCUCAGCAAUCUGGGGCAAAUCUCCCAGGCAGUUCCCAGCAGAGGCAUUUGGACACUAACCCCAAACCAGGGGUGUCAUUCUUGGCCUCUGGCUCCACCCAGCCCAGCCGCACACAAACCGUUCUGCACACGCCCUCCCCGCCCGCUCACUCUCUCCCACCACCCCCUCCCCUCCUCAACGCCACAUCCUCCUCUUCCUCCGCCGCCCCUACCCAAAGCUCAUCCCCAUCGCUGGUUGCCGCUUCUGGCGCUUUAUCUCGGCCCUUCACCGUGCACUAUUCCCCACACCUCCCUCCUCCGCAACCCCCGAGCAGUGCAGGUUCAGUUGGGGCCGGGGCCUUGGGCGCCUGGAGGACUCUGGGUAUGCAGGCAUCCUACACGGCCUCGCAGAUCCCCGGCAAUCGGCCCAGAUAGGACACAGCAGAGCGUGGGAGGGGGGUGGGAUGGGCUGAAAUGGGAAGAGAGACGGAUACAGGGAAGCUGCUGCUGCAUUUCGGCAGCUGUGGGGUUAUCAGUCCAAAUAAGGUACCUGACGAAAUCUACCUCAACCCAACAUAUAACCUAUGCAAUGGACAGGUGUGGACCAACGGGCUUGACGUGCUCACCGGUGCUCAAACAUUUGUAAAGCCGGCAUUGUAACACUGGCAUGGGUAUCAGAACUAAUCAAAAGGUGCAGCUUAACAGAAACACACCGACAUCCUUAUAAAGAGGUUCUCUAAGUCAUAUUUAAUUCCUUGUUUUAAGGCGAGUUUUAGUGUAGCACCACGUUGGGGUGGCGCUAACGGUCGUGAAUCGUUGCUUAUUUAACAUGGCCUUCCAGAUGCUUGGGUUACUUUUAUGUUCAUGUUUCGGGAACUUGAUCCAAAUUUGCAGCAGAUUGGCUUGGAAAUGCUGUUUGCUAAUAAUUGUCUUGUCACAAUGGACCAUACACGCAUAAUAACAAAUAACUUGUGAAUCUUCAUAACCUUGCUGCUGUUAUAAUAGAAAUUUAAUGUGGCUUUUAUGAUUAACUCUUCAUUAGGUGGAAUGAUUGAAGCCCCGCCUCUAAAGCAUCAUACAGUUUUCACCCUUAUAGCUUGAGCUACAGAGUUAACAAAUACAGGAAAUUUUUUGAUUCUUCAAUAAUAAAUGCAGUACUGUAUUUACGGGUUUUUUCAAUUUUAAUGGUAACACCUAAAAUAUUUACAUAUUUUCGACUUAAAUUUUUUGAAUUGCGUUAAAGUGAAAUUUAAAGCGCUUUGAGUGCUGCAGAAAAGCUCUAUAUAAAUCUAACAAAUUAUUAUUAUUAAAUGUUUAUUUCACCUUAAAUUUUGACUUAAAGUGAGAAAAUUUAAGUUGGAAAAAACUUUAGAAUUUAACCGUUACCAAUUUACCAAGAUAUUUUACGUUUUUCCAACUUUUAUUUGCGCUCUCCAUAGUAAUGUUUGGUAUUGGAAGGUGAAACGAAUCCACAUGCUCUGGCUACGAGGGUGAAUCUCAAAAAAGCUAAAUCAUAUUUUACCCUAAAAUCAAAAGGAAAGUUUUUUUUUUUUUUUAUAGAUUUUCUUAUAACUAUCAUUCAUUUUAUUAGAUGCAUUUCAUUCACCAAUUUUCUUUUGAAAAUGUAGAAAAAAGUUUUAUUUAACCGAGUACUGUACAAGUCUUCUGAAUUUUUUCGUUAAUAUUAAUUUAGUAAUUGUUCACAGUACAGUAUUUGGAAUUGGGAAUGUUUCAUUUUAAAAUAAUAAAAUUUGACCCAAAUAUUUUU